CCAGCAAACUGUCAAAAUAUUUUUUGUUGUUAUAUUUCAUUUCGGUUAAAAAAAAAUCCACUUUGGCAAAUAGAGUGUUGUGUUUUUUUUGUAUUAUUUAGUUCAACACUACUUCUCAUUUAAAGUUUGGUUCCUUGAAAGUUGGUUAUAUAACUUCCGUUUUCUCGAUUGUUGAUCACAGAGAAGCCAGAAGCAGGCGGUCGGUCGGUCGGUUGGUGGAAAAACACAGAAACAUUAUUUUCUUGAUCUCGUGAUCAACUUAUUGUUGGUACAUGGUCGUUGUCAUUGUCGUUGUUGUCGACGUUGUGGGAGAGAAGACAAAGGAACUAUGCCCAGUUGAGGACAAGUGAAUUAGUAGCGAAAUUUCUCGUUUUAUUUCAUUUCUCAAGACUCCAAAUUUUGGGAUUUCUCACUUUUCCACAAUGCCGCGUCAUCAAUUGCACGAGGCAAUUGCAACCGUUUCCACAAAACCCGAUCAAACGCUAAGCAAAUAUCGAUUUGUGGAUUCUGUUGCUUGCACGUACAUUGUAUCGGUAUUUGCCGCUUCUAUAGCUGAACUUGUUACAUAUCCAUUGGAUCUGACAAAAACACGGUUACAGAUUCAAGGUGAAGCUGCAACUACUUCGUCAAAAUCAAAGUUGCAGUAUCGAGGAAUGAUGGCAACGGCAGCUGGCAUAGUUCGAGAGGAAGGUUACAUGAAACUCUGGCAGGGAGUUACGCCAGCUUUAUACAGACAUGUUGUCUACAGUGGAGUUCGAAUAACAUUCUACGAUUACCUGCGAAAGGAAUUGGCCAAGGGUUACACAUCCCAUGAAGUGGUACCUAUUUGGAAGUCAGCAAUUUGUGGUAUAUUUGCUGGCUGUGUAGCACAAUGGCUAGCAUCGCCGGCCGAUCUAGUCAAAGUACAAAUCCAAAUGGAAGGCAAACGUCGUUUGAUGGGUGAGAAACCGAGGGUUAAGAGUGCCGCAGACGCUUUUAUGCAAAUUCUUAAGCGUGGUGGUGUCAGUGGACUAUGGAAGGGAAGUGUACCUAAUAUGCAACGUGCUGCGUUAGUUAAUUUAGGUGAUCUCACAGCUUAUGAUACAAUUAAACAAACGCUUAUGAAGAAACUUAAUAUGCCAGAUAGCAGGCCAGUACAUAUAUUAUCGUCCUUUGGGGCUGGUUUUGUUGCAGCAAUAAUGGGCACACCAGCCGAUGUGAUAAAAACAAGAAUAAUGAAUCAACCUACAGAUGAAAAAGGAAGAGGACUCCUGUACAAAGGACCUGUGGAUUGUUUUAGUCAAACAGUUAAAAAGGAAGGUUUUGCCGCGCUCUACAAAGGACUUUUACCCUGCUGGAUGCGAAUGGCACCUUGGUCAUUAUCGUUUUGGUUAACAUUUGAACAAAUACGCAAAGUUCUUGGAGCUUCUUUAUACUAAAUUAUAGUUGUGUUCACCAGAAAAAAACUAAAAACAAAAAACAUAUAGCCGCCUCGACCAACCCAAAAACAAAGCACAUCCUCAAAAUUGAUUACAACAACAAAAUAAAAAAACAAAAAAAUAAUUAUUAUUAUAAGCAUAAUUAUAAGCAUAAGCAAUGAUUGUACAAAUAUACAAAAUAGUUAUUUUUAUUAUUGUGUAAUUAUCGAAUAAGCAUAAGGUAUUAUGUUACGUGUAUAUUUUGGACUAGUGUAAUGCUUUAAUUGUGGUUCUGCCCAUUAAAUGGGGACAAAAAAAUACAAGUUUUUAAGACUUAAAACAUUAUGACUCUUAAGAAUUUAAGAACAAAAAAGAAGCGACCUGCUUUAAAAAAAAUUAAACACUAUUUUGUUAGAUUUGCAUGGAAAUAGUAAACGAAUGUUUUAUUUUUUUUAAUUUAAUUUAUUAAACAAUCUCUUUUUUUUAAUUCUUUUGUUUUGCUUAAAAGAUUAGUUUCAUUGUGAUGUGAAAUGCAAAUAAAACUUAUAUUGUUAACAGA